UGUAGUUCACACAGACAUGGAUAAGUCAAUGGUGUGUUCACUGCUGUUUCUGCUGCUCCUCUGCUGCGCCUCCUACAUCUCUCAGGCCUACAAACCUGUUUUCAUCGUGCACGGACUCUUCGAUGGACCAAAGGAAUUCAAAACACUCACAAAGUUUAUACAGAAGUCCCACCCCGGCACAGAGGUGACGACCCUGGACCUAUAUGAUGGACUCCUCAGUGUCAAACCUCUGUGGACUCAGGUCAGAGACUUCAGGGCUAAACUUGAGGCCAGACUGAACCAGACCAAAGAGGGGGCCCAUCUGCUCUGCUUCUCUCAAGGUGGGGUGAUCUGCAGAGGGCUGCUGUCUGUGAUGCCGAAUCAUAACAUCCACUCGUUCAUCUCUCUGUCCGCUCCUCUGGCUGGACAGUACGGAAACACAGAUUAUUUAAAAAAGGUUUUCCCCAAAUACCUGAAGAAGAACAUCUACAAAGUGUGUUACAACAAACUGGGCCAGCAGCUGUCCAUCUGCCAGUACUGGAACGAUCCUCAUCACAGAGACAAGUAUCUGAAAUACAACAACUUCCUGCCAUGGAUCAACGGAGAGAAACAACAUCAAUAUAUAAAUAACUGGAGGGACAACUUCCUGAGGAUAAAGAAGUUGGUUCUGAUCGGGGGUCCAGACGACGGGGUCAUCACUCCAUGGCAGUCCAGUCACUUUGGUUUCUUUGACAACAAUGAAAGUUUGAUCGAGAUGAAGAACCAAGAGUAUUACCGCAGUGACGUCUUUGGGCUGAAGACGUUGGACUUUCGUGGGGACGUGUCCAUGUGUGUGCAGUCUGGAGUGGCUCAUGUCCAAUGGCACUCAGACUCCACCGUGUUCACCAACUGUAUCCAGGACUGGCUCACCUGAAGCUGCGACCAACGGCAACACUCCAUUUUAGAUACACAUUUAAACCAUU